CAUCAAAUCAAGCUGUCAUUCGUGGUUUAUUUUCGUCAUUUGUGAAGUGUAUUCAUUUCUUUAUUCUUGGGGUCUUACAAAAUUCUUUGUAUCCUUGAAACAUAUUAUAUUAAUUUAAUCAAAAGAAACAAUUUUAAAGAAGAUACAAACUUUAAUUUAAAGAAAAUUGUAAAAACAAAAAUCCUUUGUAUGAUUUCAAAGUUGAUUGUGUUAUUAUUUUUUACGUUUCUGGGACAAAGUCAAGAAUGUCUAGAUAGUAAAUGGCCUCUGCGUAUUGUGAUUAGACGUAGAAACGUGUUGUAGUGUUGAUAUUGUUAUUUUAUUAUGGCACAUUUUGGAAAACGCGAUGUUACGUACAGCGCUCUGGACAACGAAUUAACUCCGCCACUGGGUGGUCUGGCGGAGACCACGAAUGCAGCUCCAACUUUUAUAACACUGGACCACGAGCAUGAGGAUGCUAACAAUGUUAUCAUCCACAAAGUGCCCAAAAACAAAGGAGGAUGGACCCACAUAGAGGACCUAGACUCAUUUUUUACAAGAAUGUACAGAUACUAUGUUCGUGGUGGAUUUUAUCCAAUGAUAAUGUCCGACUUGUUUUAUUUGUUGCAAUUUAUUUUCAUAGUGUGGUUUUCCACAUUUUUGGUGUAUUGUGUAGAUUAUACAAAAUUAUUUAGAAAUGGCCCAGAUGCUAAUAGAAGUGACAAAAUUAGUUUAAAUGAUGUUAUUCUUCCACCAGCUGUAUGUGUGCAGAGUGUAGCCUGGAAAUGGUGGUGUCUCGUCACAUUGUGUGCUGUUAUUUGGCUGAUGAGGCUAAUUAUAUCAAUAUACCAUUUAUAUUAUGCAUAUGAUACCAAAUUAUUUUAUAAUAAUGCAUUAAAAAUAAAAGAGAGUGAUUUAGUAUGGAUCAACUGGUCCACAAUUCAAGACAGAGUGAGAGAAGCCCAGCCAGAACACCACAUGUGUGUCCACAAGCAAGAGAUCAACGAACUAGAUAUUUAUCAUCGAAUACUCAGGUUUACAAAUUAUAUGGUGGCAAUGGUGAACAAAAAUUUACUUCCUCUGCAAAUACAUGUGCCUUGUAUUGGUGAUUUUCACUAUUUAUCCCGAGGGUUAAAGUGGAAUAUCGAGUUUUUAUUAUUUUAUAGUCCGUGGAGUCCAUGGGAAAACUGUUGGCAACUCCGUGCAUGUUAUAAGGAUCACUCAAAACGAAUGUUACUAGCACGUCAGCUUGAGAGACAAAUAUUAUGGUUGGCGAUAGUGAACUUACUGCUCGCGCCUCUUAUACAGGCGUGGCAGAUACUAUACUUCUUUUUCAAUUAUGCCGAGUUAAUAAAACGUUCGCCCGCGUCGCUGGGUCUCCGAACAUGGUCGCUGUAUGCUCGCAUCACGCUGCGUCACUUUAACGAGCUGGAACACGAACUACGAGACCGACUGAACAGAGCCCACAAACCAGCAACUAAGUACCUUGGGAGCUUCUCGUCACCCAUCACCACUGUAAUAGCCAAAAACGUCGUGUUUCUAUCAGCGAGUAUCCUGGGCGUGUUGGUUGUGUUGUCGGUGUACGAUGAAGAUGUACUGACGGUGGAACACGUGCUGAGUAUCAUCACCAUACUCGGCUGUGUUCUAGCUGGUGCCAGAGCUCUAAUAGGAGAAGAAGAACGGUUGGGCGGUGGGUGUACGGGACCCGCUCGGGGUGAGGAGCUGUUUGUCCAGGUCCUCGGUCACGUGCACUACCUUCCAGCCGCCUGGAGGGGGCGCGCCCAUACCAAGGAUGUUGCCGCCCACUUCCAACAACUCUUCCAGUUUAGAGCCGUAUACAUCUUCUUCGAGUUGCUGAGUCCGUUGCUGUGCCCAUUGAUCCUGUUCUCGCUUCGUUCACGAGCUCUUGACAUCGUCGACUUCUACCGCAAUUUUACAGUCAGCGUACUUGGCAUCGGCGACGUUUGUUCAUUCGCACAGCUUGAUAUCCGUCGACACGGUCACCCAGAUUGGCAUACACCCGGCAAAUUGAAAGGAGCCACAGCCAACACGCAAUACGACCAGGGUGAAGGUGGCAAGACGGAGCUAUCACUGGUAGCAUUCUCCUGCCGCCACCCUGGAUGGCAACCCACCGAACCAUCGCAGCGCCAGUUCCUCAGGUCAUUGCGUCAGAGCAUGCACCACGCUAUACCUGCCAACAAUCAUCUUAACAAAACGAUGUUGGGCUCGUACAUUCAACAGAGUUUAUUUGGUGCUAUAACGCCGUUGCCAGCAGUGCUCUCUUAUUACCCACAACAGAAGCAGCAGUAUCGAUUGCCAGACAUGGACGAGACGAGUGAUGAAGACGACGCUCCCCCCUCUGGUCCGACCCGCUCCUCCCAGUCCAACCCUCCCCACGGCUUGGCGGGAGUCAGCUCGGUGCUGAGUACCAGCGUCCUUAGUGCUGAGGCACCGAGGCAGCCUGGAGACGACACCCAGGACAUGUCUGUUAGCACGCUACAUCUGUACGAUCUGCAUCUGACUCAGGCGGGUCAGAACGUGUCGUGUUGUACGAACAAAUGCAGCGAGCGGCCGCGGUCGGGGCGGUGGGACAGCGCGGAGGGCGAGGACACGCCGCUCCUCCACCGCCCAUAACACCGGUGCUCACUGUCUCCGCGUGGCGUCAAGUAUCCCGUCUGGGUAUAGACCACCCACGCUAUUUAGACAGUCGCUUCACAAACCUACUCGUAAUUUUAACGCUUUUCUCUACUAUCAUUACCUCUACCAUGACUUUAAAGCAUUAGUACUUAUGAAAAAUUUUACACUGGUACUAUUUUUGUCAUACAAAUAAUUUAUGUUGUCACUAUCAAGUAUCGACAAAUACUAUUGCUCUAAAGGCGUGUUAGAGGUAUAGUUUGAUUUUGUUUGUUCGUACGCAGGUCGUAGCGUAAGUCGUCUAAGCAUAUCGUAAACGUUUCGUGUAUCAUCACCACCGAGCGUUUCAUUAUAAGCUUACACUGCGCCUCGUGUGCGAACAAAUAUUCUUCUACGGCAUUAUAUGCAUGCAAUAAUCUUGGCUUUUCUAAUACGAUAGGACACAAAACUUUUAAUAUUGCCAUAACGUUCUUGUGUCCUAAAUUAUACUAGCCAAGGUAAUAUGUAUCGUAUACAAUGCACUGUAAUUAAUCUCUAUUUCUAUUAUAUCAUUGAAUUGUAUUUAGGUGUAAGUACAUUAUGUUUUGUGUCCAGUUUGUAUCGACUCAUCUAAAUGCGUGUGGUUCAGUCUGUAUUGGGCGACUGACAUAGCUUAUUAUAUUUAUUAAUUUUGAGUAAAGUUGUCCACAAUACUUUAGUGUUCCUAUAACUGAAAGCAAUAAACCCUUGAACCACAACUUCGGCUCACUUUGCUCAAAAUUAUAUGUCAGUGGGAAAGGGUGCCACCGACUGGGGCUUGUCUAUCGAUUUGUGUUUGAGGACACUUUAGAUAUUUGUUAGGUAUAGAGCGCACAUUAUUUCGUCUCGUUAUGAGGCUCGUAUGAAUCUGUACAGCACGACAGGUCACAGUUAGCUCGUCAUGCACGAAGUUCGACCUUACGUCACUAUAUCUAGUACUGGACAGCGUAUGAUUUGUUCAUUACGAUCAUUUACAUUUAUAUUAGUUUGCAUGGGAACAAUGUGUUAGUUAUAUUUAGGUUAUAUAUGCCGCGCAAUUAGCGUGCGAAAAUUUAGUUCAAGUUGAAUUCAGUCCACUGGCCGACACGAACACUACGCGUGUCUCAUCGCAUCGAACACAUGCGCUUCGUAAUACCACACUUCACAUAUUGUUAGCUAUUGUAAUCUAAAUAUAUAUAAAAAUAAAAGCAAUAAUAUUUAAGGUAAAUCCAUAGUUUUAAACAGUUGUUCCAGUGUAUCAUAUGAAAUAUUUUCUAUAGUUAAUAUUUUUAUUAUCAUAAUCAUUAAUAAGCUUUUAACUUUAUUUUUUUACAUCAUAACAUAACUUAAAUAGUGCAAUAGUACAAUCGUUUUUUGAUAAAAUCUGCACAUCCGAUCUCUGAGGAAUUGCGAAUGGGCAGGAGUUAAAAUGGCUUUGGUCUAAACAUAAUGUAUUAAACUCGCUGGUCGAGGAAGCAAGCACGACUACUGAACUGUCCUGAGUUCUAUUCACGAGCCGGACACAGUACUGUCAUUACCUGAUUGAAACGCAAAGAGAGAUAUUAUAAGAAAGAAAAAAAAUCCGCCUAACCCUUUGGGGAAUAAACCUAAACCGUGACUUACGCUCUACAAGUGGUAAUUAUAACAUAUUUAGUAUACAUAAUAUUUAGUAAAUAGCAACGUAGCACCCACUGACAAGGGAAUAAUGAAGUGCUUCUCAUGCGCAGAGUAUAAACGCGCGUAUAAGUACCUGCCCUAAAACACGGCUUCUCACAACCAAACUACUUUGUCUUCCUACCAGAAAGACAGAAAACUAAAUUAUCAGUAUAAUUAAAAGUUGUAAUAUUUUAUAGCAAUUAAGACUAAUACUUGUUAUAUAAUACUUUUUAUAAAUAUUUACCAUGUAGAUUUAACUAUAGAAGUUGUUGCGCUCUGCUGUAGAGUUUUAUUUACCGGCUUAUAUACAGCUGAUGGUAGAGCAUGGAAUAUAUAUUAUAAUAGUUGAUAUUACCAGUGACUAAACUCCAUUCCAAUUAUGAUAAAAACGCUGGAUGCGUAUUAUACCAAAACCAGCGAUUGCUAUUUAGGGUAUCUUCCGAUAUUUAAGACGUUGAAUAAAUAUAAUGAAUUUUAUAUAUGUUGUAUUUAUAUAUGUGCCUAAUAUAAGAUUGGAAGAUUUACUGAUAUUAAAGAUCAUAUGUGACUAUCAUACAGUAAUUUCGUUGGGAAUGCAGAAGUCUGGAUGACACGAGAGUAAUGGCCAUAAAUAUAGACACCCGGCCUUGCAUAAAGACACCGUGCAUAGCUCACUAUGAACUUUAACAAGGCCAUCUUAACUCUUGCUCCACUUAGUAUAAGAUGUUACUAAUUCUUACAAAAAUAACCUGAAACAGUGCCUGAAAUGAAAAAAAUACACUAAAAAGUGACCUUGCAUCACACUAUGUGUGGUAAGUAUUAUAAUCCUAUUGAAAUAAAAACGAUUGUACAUAUUCGUUAAUACAUAUGCACACCUAGUAACAGAGAUAAUGUACACCUCACAAAUUGUUGCAUAUUUUUGAAUAUUAGAUAUAGAGGGAGACAAAUCGGAAUUAGCUUCAAUAAGUAUAUAGCAAUAUACAUUAUGUUGAUACAAGUAAGAUUUUUACACGCAUGUUGGCUACGUUUCUGUUGUAGGUAAGGUAUUCCACCCCUGCAAAGCACUGUAUCACAGAAACUGAAACUGAUAGUAAUUCAUACUUGUUGAUUAAUUGUAGUUACAGAUUAGCUAGAUUACCCAUGUUUAGGUGUGACGCAUGUGGAAUAGACAGCUAGAGCUAGUAGUGGGCGUUUUUAACAAAGUGAAAUAAUUUGUCAGUUUUACUACAAAGGAACAAAAUUAAUCGAAAUGAUUGUAAUUACAAAGCAAGGUACAAAAGUAAGAUAUGUUAGUAGUGUUAGUUCGCGUGAUUUUGUAGUAAUGUGAGUAAAUCGUAUGUAGUUUUAUUAUUAAUCUUAAUCAAAUUACUAGGAUAGCAAUAAUUCAGCCUCUUCCAUUGAUUUUAUGCUGAAGUCUUUCUUCGAAGCUAUAAAUGUGUUGGAACUAAGUUGUGUUCGUAUUUUGAUGAUCUAAGGGAAUGAGUUGUAAUACCUAUGAGCUUAAGUUUAUAUUGAAAUGUUUUCCUCCUUUUUGAGAAAUUAGCUAUAAUUGAUGUUUUAUACUAUCCCUCCAAUGAUCUUAUCUCUUCGUGUUUGUCAUUAUACAAUUGUUUGAUAUUAAGUUUUGGGAAUAUGUAACAUCGGGUUUCUUGAUACGCACAGUUUAAUGUCUGUAGCUUCUAAUGUUGGAGAAAAUAUGUGAUGACGUAGUACCAAGUUCCUAAUUCCUAAGACGAUUUGAACAGAUUUUUGUAAGAGAUUGAUAGAAUUGGUUCUAAAAAGAUACCUCAAACAUUCAGUCACUCCUAAAAUGGAAGCCUCGGGAUUAAAUUGUUGGCGAUUCUUGUUAAAGUUUUUUAUAAUUAGACGUAAUAAUUAUCCUCGCAACGGUUGUUAGAAUGUUCACUAAAGUAUUAUUAACUAUUUAGGUACUGUAAACGUUGUACCAUCGACCCGUUUACACGUUACUGCUGUACGGUGUAAACAAUACAAACCCUACAUUGCAUAUUGCAACACUUCACAGUGGUUACCAUGGUAACCAAACAGUCGUGGCCCCAGCCGAGAAUAAUUUAGGGUUAUUAUUAAUGAAGAAAUACUAAACACUUCGACCGUUGCUAUCACCAAAGUAAACAUUUCUUAUGACUUAAAUCAUUAAUUCUCUUCCUAUCUUUACCACUUAUUUGAAACGUAUUUAACGGAGAAAGAUUGUAUCUAAAAAGCGGUUUUAACUUUUAUCAGGUCAUAAAGCGUCACCAGGGUGUUACUAAACUUACGUCCUGUGCUGUGACAGGUGUAGGACGCUAUAAAGCCAUUUAAAGUCUUCCUACUUAGAUGAUAUAUUCAGCUAGCAGACUAGCCAUAGAUACCGAAGCCCAAGUGCACGCUUAGAAGUUUUCAUUCAAAGUUUUAUAUAUUGUAAACAGAAAAUAUUAUAUUAUAUAAUAUGCUAUAUAUUUUUUACAUAACAAACGCCGUAUUUUUAUAGUGCUGUUUGCUGUUAGAGUCCACGGAUAGAUAGUGAAAAUUAGCUGAUAUUUUUCAUAUACAUUACAUACAACUCAUAUAUUAUAUCAACAUACAAUCGAUAGUUUAUAAUUGUGUAAGCACGUUGCCCAUAUUAUUGCUAACUUGUGAUAAAUGAACUUAUGUAUGUAAUUUUAGAGUUUGGUUUAGUUGUGAAUGUUCCAUCUCUUGCUUUCUUUUUGCCGCUCGGGCGAUACUCAGACAUAAUCUGUAGGCUUAGAUUUUGGUACACUAAACUUCCAUUUAUAAAAAAAUGAAAAAAAAAAUGCAUAAUAUUACUCUCCCAUUUAAGUAUUAAUCUAUAACUUUUUUGAAUCCUGAUAUGCUUCAUUAUCCAAUACUUAAUAUGGUCUAUUGAUAACCUUACCAGUUACUGUUUUACCUUGCAACCACGUCUUGCGACAGGGGUUUGUUUAAAAUACAUGUUUAUACAGAUUACUAUUAUCAAUUAAACCGUUACCUUAGUUCUAAUUAGUUUUUAAAUUUUAGUCAUUUAGUAGUCUUGCGUGAAAGUAUAUUUAUAUGAUUUGUUUUCUGUAUGUGUUACGUGUGCGGUGUUGCAUUUAAACCUUACAGUUAUUGUCAUAAGGUUUAAAAUGUAGUGUUUUAAACUGGAACUGUAGGGUUUCAAUGCGGUGCUGUAGGAUGUGUAUAAGUACUAUGUGACGUUCGUCAAUGCGUGUACGUGUAUGCCAUCUUAUUCGAUUUAUUUGGUGAUUGGUUGCACUAAAUUACGGAUGUCCGAGAAAAGGCCAACGUGGCCUUCACCAAAUUAUAUUCAUUUCAACAGGGCAAUCGCUAUUAAUCCAAAAUAAAGUACCAGACAUAUGUCAAAAGGUUAGAAUCGAUUCUAAAUUCGAUAUUACCGUUUUCUGAUUUAUUGAAAGAUAUCAAUCAAUAACGCAUAUUGCCACUCUGAAGGUAAAGUCCAUAAAAAUAAUUAAAACUAAAUCAUUCUCCAACGAAAGAUGAUAUUUAUUUGUUCUGCAGUUGUGAGGCCUUGUUGUACAUUUUUAAAUCGAUUUGAUUUUUAUAAUAAUCUUAGUUUAUUUUCUGAUAUUGUAAAAACUGAUGUAGAGCAUAGUAUUGUACCUUAUAAGGAAUAUGUAAUAUUUUAAUAAAAAUGGCUUAUUUUCGUAAAAGCAAUUUAAAAUUAUUAGUAUUAUUAUAAAUUUUAAUAAGCAACACAUUAUAUUGCCUCGCCUAUGAAUAUGCACCAAUUAAAAUUGUCUAUAAAUUAUAUUAUUGCCAAUGUUAUGGUCGUUUAUAUUUUUAUAGAAGUAACAAACGUCAGCAAAGCAAUGCCUUAAAUAAAUAGCCUGUAAUAGAUUAAUGAUACGUUGUGGUCUGUUGUUAUGUAAUAAUAUUUGUAUGUCGGGCGCACUCGACCACGAAGAUACAGCUAACGGCUUGUUCACGUAGGAUCACGCGAGUGAACCGCUACAGCUACAUGUAAACCGCGAGCGCUGAAAAGAGAGAGAGAGAGGGGGUCGCGGUUGCCGCUUGUUACACCGCACCUGCCUUUUGUGAACACUUGGAUGUCUUGUCAUGUUUGAUAUUUCGUGACGGCACCGUGAACAAGCAUUUAGUUUGUAACGAUUUUAAAAUCCUUAUGUGGCUUUAGUAUCAAGUAAAUGGCGCGGCGGUGUAACGAGUGCGCCCGCGUUCCCAACAAGCACUUCUCCGCAUUGGUCGUCAGCGCACACUUCUGUGAUAACUUCAUGUUGUAUUGAUGCAAUGAUUCGAAAUGGUAAUACGACAACCUGAUUGUAUUAAAGCAGUGGUUCCCAACCUGUAGUCCGUGGACACAGAAGACAAAAAAUGGUCCACUGAAUGGAAAAAUAAUUACACAAGACUACACUUCUGUCCAAUAAAUGCUACCACAUCUCAGAGGAGACAACUGAGAAGAUCGCUUGAUUUCAAUAAUCCAUAAGUCACUAUUUUUAUGAUGGUAUGAGAAAAAUCAGUGUUGUCCCAAAUGAAUAGAUAAAUUAUAAAAGUGGUCUUUGACCAGAAAAAAGUUGGGAACCCCUGUAUUAAAUGAUAAAAUAAUAUGAAAUACUCAAACGCUCAAUUUGUGAGUCCGCCGAAAAGUUGAUAUUUACAUUAUGUAUUUACCCUGAUCUGUGUUGUAAAGCAAAACGUGGUUUGUGAAAAUUAUAAGACUAGAUUACAGCAAAGAUUUUUUUAUCGAAUGCUAAUUUGUAAAUAUUAUACAACGAUAUAUUUGUUAUAUUUACCUAAUGUUAAUGUAACUUUCGUAUCUUUACUCGUAAGGACCUGACACUCACGUAAACAUCGUUGACGAAUUGCAACUGCUUGUAUUGUGGAAUCGUGUAAGUUUUUAUUAUUACUUUUAUUACUCCGUGGGUUAGUGCAGUACGGGCAGUGCAAUUCUUGACGUGAUGUGGCGGGUCUGUACUCCAAAUUUAAUUGGUCACUAAUUAUCCUAUUAUCAAUCGAUGCCAAUAAUUUUAUAAAGCCAUGACAAAUUCGACAAAUAUUUAUGUCCAUCAUAUCUGAAAAAUAUUUCAAGUUUUCAAAAAAAUAAUAAUAAAAUCAACUGAGUUCUGCCACAGAACAAAAAGCCCCUUCUUCCUAUGGAACUCGUUAUAUUAGUGAACCUUUUGCUUUAAUCCGGGGAUCGCGAUAUAGCCUACUUCUUCUCAUGUUUUAAGUAUAAAUUUCUUAGUCGUUAGUCUUGUGAUGUGUUCAUUAUAGUCUAUGGUGCCAUGAUGUCAGUGGCGGAUCCAGGAGAGGUCGAUACUCCUCCUUCCGAGUGAUUGGGUCCGGCCUGCACGGUGUAGGCACGCUAAGUAUGUAGAACCUUAUAAUCUUUCGAUGUUAGUUGGGCAUUCGGCCUGAAUUAUUCUGUGUACGGAUGAUUGCAGUCUUCUACCGGUAUUUUUUAUAUUUCAUCGCAGUGUGUCAUGGUUGUCCCGGAGCCGCUUGGCACAUGGCUAGCCGACAUCUUACGUUAACUUUAUUAACCAAAUUUGUAAAUAUUUAGUUCAAUUUAUAACAUAAGAAUAUUGUGAUAAAUAAUUAUAUAUUUUUGUCAACUUAUCACGUAACAUGUUUAGAUAGUUAUUUUUAAAUACACACUAUGUUGUAAUCAUUAUUUUGUAACAUGAAUGAACGAUAAAGCAUUGAAUAUUUCAGUACCAAUGUUCGCUAUUUUCAUUACGCGCAUUGUAAAUAAAAAUUUCAAAUAA